AUGCUCCAGAGUACCAUCGCCACUGCUAUCCUCGGCUAUCUUCAGCUCGCAGCUGUCGAUGCUCAAGCUGCCAAAGGCAGACCGCCUCGCUAUAUUUAUUGCCAAUCUGCUGAUUACAAUUGGGGAACUAAGAAUUGCGUUCGAUUCCGCGAGUACAUACCGCUGGUUCCCAACCCCAAUGUCAACACAUGGUUUCCGCUUGAGGAGCGCAAGAAGGAUCCGCAGCCAGACCCGCAAGAGAGAACUCCGGCGAGCUGUCCUGCAUCGCCAAAACUCAUCGUGGAGAGUGUAGCUGAAGCCGGAUCGUACACUACGGACAGCAAGUGUCCGCAAGAUGACAACAAGAUCUUCAUUAGCUCUGGAGGAACUUACAUGCGCACCCGAUGCAACGCCCAUGUAGAAGCCAAGGCACCGUUUGCAACCUUGGCCCUUAGCACCUUGAGCGAAUGCUUCAACCACUGCAGCGAAACCGAAGGCUGUAAUAGUGUCUCUUGGGAAGGCGGACGUCCCACUUGGGCAUGCAGAUUAUACAGCGAAGGCGAAGAAGCUGCCAAGCCGUGCCUCAACAAACUUCACGACAUGGCCUUCAUCAUGGAGCCCCCUACCAUUGAAGCAGCGGAUGACCCCAUGAUCCUCUGUAGUACCGAGUGUCCCUAUGCUAAUGGGCAGACUUGGGACUCACCGUCUGGGGUGAAAUUUCACAUGGACUGCUGCAAGCGCCACGGCGUCAAGGCCUUCGCCAAGGAGAAGCUUCCAUCCCUGAAGGCGUGCAUGGCAGCUUGUGCAACAGCACCAGCCUGUCAGUCCGUCGACUGGCAGCAGGACAGCGGCAUGUGCUACUUUGGCAAGCACUCAGGCGAGCCGACCAUCAGUGUGUCGGGAUGGAGCUCCGCGCACGCCGUGGGAUGCGCUGGAGCCUGCAAGAAGGACGGCUGCGGAUGCUCAGGAGAUAAGAAUGACACCAAAGACGAGCUUUAG